AUGAAUCCGUCUGUCCAAGAAGUCUGGAUAUUUAUUGCAAUUUUCAGCCUACAUCAUGCCUCUGCUGCUGCUUGUGGUGGUCUAUUGACAAAUACAUCCGGUACUAUCACGUCUCCCGGGUACCCUGGUGAAUAUGGGGACAACCUGUCAUGUGACUGGGAUAUCAGCUGUCCAGCGGAUAAAAAAAUAAUAGUGACCUUCAUAGACAUAGACUUGGAAUAUUAUGGUAGUAAAUGUUUUGACACAAUUCAGAUAUUUGAGGGAAGCAUUAACUCGACGUCACAGUCUUACGAGUUAUGUGAAACGGAUGAGUCGUUUUCCUUUAGGUCUACCUCGCAGUUCGUCAGAAUUCGCCUAACUUCAGACUCCACCGUGAAUAGGCGAGGGUUUAUGGCCAACUACACCUUUGUUGACAGUAAUUGUCAUUAUGCUGUAAGCGGGAAAUCGGGGUUUGUAACGUCACCAAACUACGGCGGGAAAUACCCAUCCAACAUGCAAUGUUCGUACAGCUUUUCAUUCAAUGCGGAUCAGCGUUUGUCCUUGAGAUUUCUAUCAUUUGAUCUAGAGGAGGAGAGCAAAAGUGGAUCUUGUUCCGAUUUUCUGAGGUUGCGGAAUGCAGACUUCAAAGUUUACGGUGAAUAUUGUGGAGAUUCACUACCGCGAAAUUUCUCUUUCUAUCGUGGUGCAGCGGUGAUGUUGUUUGUCACCGACAAAAGCAAAAACAAAGAUGGAUUCAGACUGGCAUAUCAAGUUGACAACGUCACUGAAUGCCUUCAAGAUCCGCACGGAUUAAGUUAUGCUGGACAUGUGAACGUCACUGCAAACGGAAGCGCAUGCGCACGAUGGGACAGUACACUGGCAAUGAAGAAUGGGUUCAAUUCACUUCUGGACCAAGAAAACUACUGCAGGAACCCAAAUAAUCAGGCAAUACCCUGGUGUUUCAGUGUGGAUAGCGAAUCUCCGCAGGAUUGCAACAUCUCCCUCUGUGAUACUAGCCAAACAACAGAAUAUACAACAAUAUCCAGUACUCUACUUCCAACAAUGACAUCAACUACUACAAGCACGUCCACAACACCAACAACAACACGUGUUACAGUGUCAACAUCAUUACUGACAUCUACUUCUACAAAAACCAUUACUGCCACGACAGCACAGACAGACACACCGACGACAACACCACAGGAAGACACACUGACGGCAAAACCAAGCACAACGAUGGAAAACGAUUCCAUAGGACUAAAUUCAACACAAGUAUCUACAGAUCUGCUAAUAGUCUUUAUAAUCACCCCUAUCCUCCUUCUGAUUAUAAUAUUUGUCAUUGCAAUUUGUAUCGUCCGAUUGAUAGUCAAGAAAAAAAAAAUGAGUCUCCCAGUUUCGCAACUUAGAUCUAUUGUUAAUCCAAAUUACGUAUCCAAGAACAGCGUCGCGGAAGGAUAUAUCGUAUCUUAUGAAAAUGACGCCAUUUCUCGGCAAUCCAUCGUUGCUGCGCGUGAGUCUGUGAUUCGUAUGUCGCGUAAAAAUUCUAAAUCCCAAGUGAUGGAAUCUGUAUACUAUUCCCUAGAGGAUAUAAACAAUACCAGCAUGAAAGACAAGACAACAGCAGUGAAGAACGAGGAGAGUCCAUACGUGGAAGCCAGCGAUUCGUACGAUGUUUUACGACAAAAGAGAAAUAAAAAAGUCGAUCAUAACGAAUACAGAAUGUACAGUGAAGGUUUCAUCCUGGAAGAGGGAGAAGAAAUGUACGAUCACACGAAUACCAGCAGUCGAGUUCUGAACGAUGAGUCGGUUAACGUCGAAGAUCAACGGAUUGAUGACAAGACUGAUAAAGAAUCAGACGAUACAUCUGUUAUUCAACAGAGCAAUGUAACGAAUGCCCCCAAAAGAACGAGCAGUAUAAAAUCAGACGAGGCACCGGUUUACGCAACUGUACGAAAAAGCAGAAGUAGUUCACUCAAAGAUCGAAAAUCUAAAUUGCCAGAACCGAUAGACAUGGCAAAUAUAAUUUUGUCGACUGAUGAAAAGAAUUUGUCAGAAGCAAUGGAUGAAGCAUGGAAAAAGCUUCAAGAUAGUUCAGAUCCGAUCUCCGGCACUGCAGACCAAGAGGAACCAUUCUAUGAGGAAUCUGACGUCGCGUACGACCAACUGCGUCGACAGCGCACUCGUCGGAAUAAAAACUUAGGAGUUAGCGUGUCAAUAUAUAGCGAAAUAAUACCAGACACACCAAAUUAUGAAGAGAUUUAUAACACGACAGAGAGUGCCGGAAGAAUUCAAGAGGAAGAACCAACCACUCCUACCAGAAGCAGUCAGUCAGAGAGAAAUUCGAAGGAUGAUGACGAAAUUAACGAUUUGGAUGAUGAUAAAAAAAACGUGACGAAAUAGACAAAAGUUACUGUUAUAUCCAAGGUUCAAAAAUAUAUGUAGCUAUUAUUCUUAUUCCAGAUAAAGCAAAAUGUAAUCUAUCGGGUUAUAGCACAUUUUAGAAGUCAUUAAAUAGAUACCCAUCCAAAUAUAUUCUUCGCCCAUAUGAUGAAGAAUAAUAUGUUACUAUUACUCUGUGAACCAACUGUUAUUCGUGUCUACUUUUAGUCGUGAUUCACUGAUGGGAAAGGUGUUGAGGAAAAGACAUAUUGGUGAGUGACCCAACAUUGACUGGUUCGUGAAGACAAAUAUUCGCGAUAUAGUAGUGUCAGUGAAUUCUUCAAAUAAUGUAGCCUUAAUGUGUUUGGUUAAUUAUAAAACCAAAUGAAAGGUGAAAAUAAUGAACAGUGAUCAAUAUCAUAACUCCUGAAAGCAAUGCAAAGUAGAGGGUUGGGAAAACACUGAUGAUGCAUAAAUUUCCCAAACCAUUA